AUGGACGAAGUCACGCGUAGGCAGAAAGCGCUGGCCGCAGCUGCCCACCGCAUGCGGCUUGUCUUCCGUCCAACCCCGACACCGAAAAGAGGGUCUGGUGGGAAGUCACGGCUCCUUGCUGCCAUCACCGUGGCUGCGGCUCUUGCUGGCUUGAAGGUGAAGGUUGUUGCGCCAUCAAAUGCAGCCGUCACGAACAUUCAGGAAGAUGUCGGUGAGUUCGUCGAACUGCUCCGGCUGAAGGACUGCGUCCGUCUCGCCAGGAUGUACGUCGUCCAGAUCAAAUUGGCCUCGCUCGCUUCGAGGACCAUUGAAGACGGUCCUGAUGCGCUUCCCGCCGAUAUUAAUGAGAUAUAG